UACAGAUGCGAAAUCCGCCAGCGAAUAGAGCCGAUAGAGCAUUUAAAAGCAGGCAAAACACCAAUCUGGUGAGCCCUUAAAGGGCUCUAAGAGCCGGUUUCUCUAACCGAUGGGCGGACUGAUGACGACGAGGCGGAGCCUGUACAGAAGUGCUAACUGGCAGCUAAUGGACCGAGAUAAUCGCUUGUCUUGCAGUAAAAACAGAUUGUUAACGCGUACUUUACUGCGAUCUGGGAAAAUCGAUCUUUCUACGAGUGUUCUAUGUGUGUGUGUCUGGGUGUUUAACGUGGAAAACUUGUUGGUGAUGUUAUCGAAAGUGGCUAAACGGACAUGAGUGAAACUUUGCAAAAUUCAAAAUGGAUAUAAUGAACACAACUUCCCCUCAGAUAUCCGAGUGCAGCUCAGAAGCAAAUGAGGCCAGAUUCAGCUCAGAAGAGAGCAGCUUGGACGUGUUGGGCUCCAAAGAGGCGAACAAACACUGUGAUAACACUAGUACAAACAAAUUCUCCAUAGAUAAUAUUCUCGGUUUAAAUCGGGGCAGUGGUGAAGAAACCCCGGGGGUUGAGAACGUUGAAAAUGACAGUGAAGAAAGUGACGAAGAUCGGAAAAGGGAACCCAUCAGGUUCAUCAAACCGACUCCCAUUAAUGCGGCUAAUCGCGCUGAUGGCUUAUAUCAGUCGAUCCAGGAAAGGCAGAGGCUGCACAGACCGGAUCCGCUUCCGCCGGAACCAACUAGUCAUUUUCUCGACUACAUCCAGAGCCAGAAGCUCGUCCAGGAACAAUCAGCUUCAGCGGAAGGCAACCUUUUGUCUUAUCAGCUUCAGCAAAGCGGUUCUGGGUCUAUUUUGUAUGGAAGCUGGUUAGCUGGACCGUCGGACAUUAAGAGCUCUAGUCAACUUUUUGGUUUACCAGGUCCGAAGCCACCAAACAGACGAUCGAGGAAACCCGGUUUAGACCGAAAACCCCGACAGGCCUACAGUGCAAAACAGCUGGAAAGACUGGAAGGCGAAUUCAAAAUGGACAAAUAUCUGAGCGUCAGCAAGCGCAUGGAACUAUCCAAAGCCCUCAACUUGACUGAGGUCCAAAUCAAAACCUGGUUUCAAAAUCGUCGCACCAAAUGGAAAAAGCAGCUGACCACGCGCUUGAAAAUGGCCCAAAGACAGGGACUGUUUCCCCAGCAUUAUUUUUCACCUGCCGCUGCCUCUACCCAGCAAUACUCAGCGCUGUUUCCUUCUUAUUACUCGCCAUUGAUGUUCGGGAUGCCUUCGGUGGAAGACGUCAAUUUGGGCAGCCAAAACCCGCAGGAAAGCGCAAGAAGAUAAGCGGGGAUUGAGUGUAAAUAUUUGUAAAUACACCCGAGAGUC